AUGGGGCUUAAUGAGCAUGAGACGGCCCAGUUGAGAGCAGCGCUGCAGGACGCUGUGGUGAAGUGCUCUGAAAGAUGUUUAUAUCAGUCUGCGAAGUGGGCGGCAGAACUUCUCACAUCAAUACCGACGAGAGAUGAUGCCUCCGAACCCGAAGACUCGCAGAUGACGGAAGUCCCUUUAGAAGGCCUACCACCAAUUGUUGUGACGGGGAACCUCGACCCCGAAGAAGCGCAGCUUGAAGCGAAGGAAAUAAACCAAUAUCUGCUUGCAAAGUCAUUCUUUGACUGCCGCGAAUUCGAUCGAUGUGCGGCCGUAUUCUUACCAGAUACGAUAUUAUCAGGGAUUCUGUCAACGUCCUCAAAAAGCUCACAAAAUGCUUCAACACCCAAGGCGAAGGGCAAGGGCAAGGAACGUUUCUCUGAAGGGGCGAACAGCCAUACAGCACCGAAGAUCCCAAAGCUAAGCCAGAAAAGCCUGUUCCUAGCUUUGUACGCGAAGUAUAUGUCUGGAGAGAAGAAGAAAGAUGAAGACAGUGAAAUGGUGAUGGGCCCGCACGAUGGUGGGCAUACAGUUAACAAACAACUGGUAACGAUCAGCCGGGUUUUGGAAGGCUGGUUUCGGGAGCGGACAAAUAGCGAUGGCCAGGUCGUUGGGAGCCAGGGAUGGCUCGAAUACCUUUAUGGUAUGGUUCUGGCCAAAGACAAAAACGAAGAAGAAGCCAUGCGCUGGCUGAUUCAAAGCGUACACCGCUACCCCAUGAACUGGGGAUGUUGGCUGGAGAUGACUUCCUUAAUAGGUCGCGUACAAGACUUGGAACGAAUAGCACAGCAUCUGCCUGUAAACAUCAUAUCCUAUAUCUGGAAUUUGCACACCAAUCUCGAACUCUACCAGUCAACACCCAAUGUGUCGCAUAUCUUAUCUGAGCUCCUUUCCAUCUUUCCAGAGAGCUCUUUUCUGCUAACGUGUUCUGCACUUCUUGCAUACCACGAAAAAGACUUCGUAAGCGCCGAUGCGCACUUCAGUCGCCUCCUCGCCCAAUACCCUCAUCGGCUCGACUCCCUCGAUCACUAUUCAAAUAUCCUUUUCGUCAUGAACCUACGGCCAAAGCUCUCCUUCCUCGCACAUCUCUGUUCUACGGUUGACAAGUUCCGGCCCGAGUCCUGCGUGGUCAUUGGAAAUUACUACUCUCUCAUCUCACAGCAUGAAAAGGCCGUACAAUACUUUCGUCGGGCGCUCACACUCGAUAGGUCUUGCCUGAGUGCCUGGACGCUUAUGGGACACGAAUAUGUGGAAUUAAAAAAUACCCAUGCGGCCAUCGAGUCAUACCGUCGGGCUGUCGAUGUGAACCGGAGGGAUUAUAGGGCUUGGUACGGGUUGGGCCAGACAUACGAAGUCCUGGAGAUGCACGCAUACGCCUUGUGGUACUUCAAGCGUGCAGCAGGAAUACGACCGUGGGAUGGGAAAAUGUGGAUGGCGGUAGGGUCAUGCCUACAAAAGAUGGGACGAGACCUCGAAGGUAUCAAAGCACUGAAGAGAGCAUUACUAGCUGAAAGCUAUUACGAUGGCGGGGUCGGCAGUUCAUUUGGAAGCGGAGGCCGAGAGAGAGCCGGUACAAUGGAUCCCGAAAUUCUUCUGCAGAUUGCUGGAAUGUACGAGCGAUUAGGAGACGAAGGAGAAGCAAAAGCUUACAUGGAGAUGUGUGUUGCUCAAGAAGAGGGCCCAGCCGAUAAUUUCGAAGCGUCUGUUAUCAAUAUCCAUACAGAUCCAGCAUCAUCAGAUGAUGAAUCGCGCACAGCGCCUACUGUCGUAGGCUCGGGAGGUGGCGGAGGCGGCGAGAAUACAGGAACAGGAGUUACGGCAGCAACUUCUAAAGCGCGGAUGUGGCUGGCUAAAUAUGCCAUGCGCACCGGGGAUUAUCAACGGGCGAUGCAGCUAGGGACGGAGUUAUGUCAGGAUGGCGUUGAGGUUGAGGAAGCAAAGGCGCUGGUGAGGGAAGUGAGGGUCAGACUGGAGGUCAUGGGCGGGGAAAGUCCCUGA